CCCACCCCCCCAACACCUCCAGCGCAACCCCCUGCACCAGCGCUGCCGCCAGGGGUAGCCUGCCCGCCUAGCCCCGCUUGCUUCCUGGGACCCUGCCCCGCCGGAUCCACCCAAGCCCCCCCCCAUGGAGCUGCUACCCACCCAGGGACAGACGCUCCGGCACUACACGGCCAGCCGGCCGCGGCCGCGGCGCACUCAGCCCCCCUCCUCCACCUCGUCCUCUUCCUCCUCGUCCUCGUCCUCCUCCAAGCCUCAGGAGCCCGUGUCGGAGACAGAGAAUGAGUCCAACUCAGGGAUGGGUAGAGUGGACGAAGGAGUAGAAGAGUUCUUUACCAAGAGAAUUCUUCCUGAUUCUGGGCUAAAAGGCUGGUGGGAGGAGUCAAACCCUGCCCGAGCCACUCCCCCAGAGUCAGGCUCCACCCCUACAGACCCCACCACCCCCCUCCCUCCUCCCUCCUCCUCCUCCUCCUCCUCCUUCUUCCUUCCCUGCAACAUCAACACAUCCCCCUCCACCACCACCGUCACCUCCCCCUCUGUGCCCACGAGUGACUCUCCCCCCCUCCCCCAUACCAACGUCCCCUCCCCUCACGCCGCCCCACCCUUCCCCGCGGCCGUUACCCCGCCCGCCUCCGCCCCCUCACCCUCCUCCUCCUCCUCCUCCGCCGCCGCGGCGCCGCCUCCCGCCAAAAACAUUAAGAAGAAGUUUGGCGACUUCUUCGCCUUCAAGAGGGCUCGGGCCGGCCGGGCCGCCAAGGCCGGAGGGGGAGAGGGUGGAGGAGGAGGAGGAGGUGGAGGAGGUGGAGGAGGAGAGGGCACAAAGGUCAAAAGGACCUCCAUCGCCGACCUGAUCCGCCCCCUCCGCGAGGCGAAGGAGCGGGAGAAGGAGAGGGAGCGGGGGGCCAGGCCAGACGCUAACGUUUCUAACGGUGCCGCCGUCACAGAAGGAGUCCCUGCAGCCGCCGACGACCCGAGGGACCCGGCGGCGACCGUCGCCACGCCAACGCCCCCGCCGCCCCUCAGUAGCGGGGACGGCGGCGGCGGCGGCGGCGGCCCCCCCCUCCCCCCGCCCCCCACCACCACCGCUAGCGCCGCCGCCACCGCCGCCGCCAAAACCCCCUCCGAGCAGCGGCCGGCGGCGGCGAGGGGCCCGGGAGGGGAGGCGGGGCCCGUCUCGGCCACCGCCCCCGCGGUGACGUCGCCCUCGGCGACCGAGCGGGGGCCGGACGGGAGGGCGGGCCCGCAGAGGGCCGAGGGAGGUGUGGCGCCGGACGGGGAGAGGAGGUUAAAGGUCACUCGGAGGUCGCUGAGGGAGGGGAAGAGUCAGAGCCUCAUCCUGCUGACGGGACUGGAGGCGGAGGACAAGGAGAGCACCAACAGCAAGAAGCAUUCGUCAGAAAGCACAUAUAGUUUUGAGCAGAGGCUUCAGCUGAUGCUGCACCGGAUCGGUGUGUCGAAGACCCCCCCCGCCAGCAACAAGACCAGUCAGAACAAAGAAGAUGAGCUGAGGAAGGCCAACUCUGAAGGUGCUAUCCUGGACAAACCCCAAGGGCCUCCCGUCUUCUCCAAGCCCAGGACCAUGUCAACAUCCUCAGACACCAGACACCCCGUGUGGACCACCGACCGGCUGCGCUUCGAACCCCUGGUCCCCCCCAAACCCCCCCCGGCAGAGAGACCCGUCGGCCCGCUGCCCCCCAAACCCACCAUCGCCGCCAAGCCCCCCCUCCCCCCGGCCCCGGUCGGUCUGAGGGCCCCGGCCCCCGGGACACCCCUGGGACCCUCGGGGCCCCCGCAGGGCCACUCUGCACCCCCCACCCCACGUGGUGCAGCCCAGGCGGAGGGCCAGACCGCCAGGACCCCCCCCAGCCAGGUCCCGGAGGCUGAGGGCCGGGCAGCUCCGGGGCCCCGGCUGGCCCCCUCUGUGUCCCCACGCCGGGCCCCUCCCGUACACGACCGCUCGGAGAAAGCACAAUCAGCCACAGACGAAAGUCUUCCCAAACCCCGGCAGCGCAUGAAGCCCCUCCCACAAAGGCGUGCCGUGUCCGUGCACGAGGACACACUCGCCAUGACCCAAGAGCUGAAGGCGGUGCUGCAGCGGUCGCCCAAUCGCCAUGGCGCCCACCGGGGCGUGCUCGCCACGUGCACCGAACACGCCCAAGCAGUGGGACAGACGGCCGCAAGGGGAGGAGGGAGAGCUGGGGAGGCGGGCUCCCGGAGGAUCCCGGGCUGGGGGGGAGGCGGCGGCGGCGGGGGGGGGGAGGAGCCGACGGAGAGCAAGGCGGAGGGCGGGAGGACCGUAGACGCGGAGACCCCGGCGGGCACGGCGCCGCCCCUCGGGGAUAAGACAACGAAGGGGCCGCCUUUCGCUGACAAAAAAGCCCCGCCCACUGCGACGCCGGGUCACAAAGAACCGAAGCCCCUCCCCCUGUCCAUCACACCAGCCACGUCCGAAAACCAGCCGCCCGCCAAAACCCCGUCCCCGAGCACAGCCCAGGUGGCGGGCCCCCAGACCAAGGCCAGGUCCCCGGUACCCCCUCCGUCUGGGGCCACCACUGUACCCCCCAGCACAGCAGCGACCCCGGCCGCCGCCGCCGCCGCCCUCGGGAGAAGCACAACGCAGGAGAAGGAGAGGGAGGCGCGGCGGAAGGAGCCGGCGUUGCCCCAGCACACGGGGAAAGCCCCGUCCCCCGGGGUGAGGACUGACGCCGCCGUCCCCAGGGCCGAAGAGUGAACCAAACCCUGAGGAGACUAACCGAGCACGGGACCACGGCAGGGGGUUUCUGAUUGCUGCGCCGCUGGUGGUGUCACCGAUGCCACGGCGACCGACAUCCCCUGGCGAGCUGGCGCAGCCAAUCGGAAGCUUUGUUUUCCGAAUGUGUCAUGUGUGUGCUCACCACACGGGGGCGGUGUUGUGACGGUUUGAUUUUAGUGUUUGGUUGCUCUUUUGAGGUCUUUCGGACCUCGAAGCGGGGGUCAGAGCAGUGAGGGAGGGGGGAGUGGUGGGGAGGCAGCAUCACUGAGACCAGAAACCAGAGGUUGGCUUGGUUGGUGAUUUUUUUUCUUGCGUUGGUAUGUUUCUACAUCGGUCCAGUCACAAUCGAAUGCCGUUGAAUGUGUGUGUUAGCCAGCGCGAUCCCUUUGCACAUUACGAUGUUCCGCCAUGCAUUGAGAAUUGCAUUGAGUCAUUAUGAGCGGAACGUUGCGUUGGGCACUUCCACGUGACCAUGUGACACAUGUCAGCUGACGCGUCAACCGUCAAUUGACGCCUCAGCAAUUUUCAUUUUUUUUAUAUGAACCGACCUGGGCCUUGGCGCCUCUGCUUGUGUUUUCUGACUCACACACCUCACCCUGCGUCGUCCACCACCCCUUCUCCUCUGCCUCCACUUCUCCAGGGAGAAUUUAUUUUUUACUGUCACGUAUAUCUUUGCCUGCACGUCAGCUGAAAUAUGUACAAAACAUAUAAAGGGAAUGGGGAGGGGGGAAAGUACAAAACCACUGGAAAUUAUGAAGAAAAUGUUUUAAAAAGAGUGUAAAUCCAUAACUAUACUUGUUUAAGAAUAAUUAAAAAGUUGAUUAAUCCGUGUCCUAA